AUGGCGCCCUGCGCAACAGGCGAAUCGGCAGCGAUGCACCUUGCCGGCGCCUCCAAAACCUCGACCAUUAACGCGUCCGUCCUCCAUGGGCCACGCGACCUGCGCCUGGAGCGGAGGACUAUCGAGGACCCUAGCAUCGGUGAACUUCAAGUUGCUAUCCACACCACCGGAAUCUGUGGGUCUGAUGUCAGCUACUACAAGAAGUUCGCCAAUGGCGACCUCUGCGCUUGUAUGCCCCUCUCACUCGGCCACGAAUCGUCGGGUGUUGUCGUCGCCAUUGGUCCCCAGGUGACCGGCUUCAACCUUGGUGAUCGUGUUGCCCUUGAGGUCGGCAUUCCCUGUGGCCAAUGUGGCAUCUGCCGCAAGGGCCGGUAUAACCUCUGCAAGCGCAUGAAGUUUAGGAGUAGUGCCAAAUCGGUGCCACACUUCCAGGGCACAUUACAGGAGAGGAUAAAUCAUCCGGCUACGUGGUGUCACAAACUGCCCGACAAUAUCUCCUUUGAUGCUGCCGCUCUCCUAGAACCCCUCUCUGUCGCGAUCCAUGCAGUCAACCGGGCAGAACCGACACCCGGCUCUUCCGCCUUGGUCAUUGGCGCUGGCGCCGUUGGCCUCCUCACGGCGGCCAUGGCCAGGCAGUCCGGCUGCUCGACCGUGACCAUCGCUGAUGUGGAUCAAGGCCGAGUUGAGUUCGCCAUCGCCAAGGGCUUCGCUACCCACGGCUACGUUGUUGAGCGGCCCUUACACAGCUCGCCCAGUUGCUCGUCCAUGUACAGCCCUAGUAGCUCCGGCACAUCCACCCCGCUAGACGGCGUCAUGACGCCUGCCAGCACGCUCUCAGUUUCUUCCCAAUUUGACUACGCCAGGUCGCUUGCCGCCGAUAUGCUCUCGCUUACAGCCUCUGACCCGUCGAUCUACAGCGACGAAGAGGAGGCUGACGGCGUCGACGUCACUUUUGAGUGUACCGGAAAGGAAGUCUGCAUGCACACCUCGCUGUACGCUACCCGCGCCGGCGGCAAGGUCAUCAUGGUGGGCAUGGGAACCCCCGUGCAGACAAUCCCCAUGUCAGUCGCGCAUUUGCGCGAGAUUGAUAUUCUCGGGAUCUUCCGAUAUGCCAACACGUAUGUCACUGGCAUCAAGCUGCUAUGCGCGAGCGAGCGAGCGAGGAAAGCGGGCAAAGCUGGUGUCAGUGGUGGUGGGUGCUUAUUGCCAUUCCUAGACCAGAUGGUGACACAUCGGUUCAAAGGAUUGGAGAAUGCAGACCGGGCGUUUGAGCUGGCGAGUAAAACAGUCGAUCCGGAGGGGAAGCUAGUGUUAAAGGUUGUUAUUGAGGCUUGA